AUGUCGAGACGCUACGACUCGCGCACAACCACAUUUUCCCCCGAAGGGAGGUUGUACCAGGUGGAGUACGCUCUAGAGGCAAUCAACAAUGCCUCUUCAACGCUAGGCAUCCUCGCCAAGGAUGGCGUUGUCCUAGCUGCUGACAAGAUGGUCACUUCCAAACUCCUUGAUCAAGGAAGGUCUAAGGAGAAGUUGUACAAGGUGGACAACCACGUGAUGUGCGCAGUCGCGGGCUUGACGGCUGAUGCCAACAUUCUCAUUAAUCAGGCAAGAGUCAACGCGCAGCGCUUUUUGUAUCACUACGGAGAGCCGCAGCCAAUAGAGCAGCUGGUGGUGCAGCUGUGCGACAUCAAGCAGUCCUACACACAAUUCGGCGGUCUACGCCCAUUCGGCGUGAGCUUUCUCUUUGCCGGCUGGGAUAAGCACCACGGCUUCCAGUUGUACCACACGGACCCCUCGGGCAACUACUCGGGGUGGAAGGCCACAGCCAUCGGGGUGAACAACCAGUCUGCGCAAACCAUCCUAAAGCAGGAACUGCGAGACGAUAUGGACGUCGCAGCAGCUCUUGAUUUAGCAGCCAAAGUGCUCAACAAAACUAUGGAUACCGCGGCGCCCAGUGCAGACAAGCUCGAGAUUGCAGUUUUGCAAUUCGACCCAAAGAACCCCACUGUUCUUGAGCAGCGGUCUCUGCCCACAAAGGAGGUUGAAGUUCUAAUGAAAAGAGCGCAGGAGCAGCAGGCAGAGGCGCAGUAG